GUUGGCGCGAUCACAUUCAAAUGGCGGUUUGAUUUUCCAUAUCGAUAGUUUCUUUUCCGUGAUUCAGUCAUUUCGGAAGUUGGCAGCGCGCGCGAUUGACAAUCGAAACACUUGCCUGAUCUUCAAUGAGGGAUAACCGAUUUUGCCGGGAAAAGUAGAAAGAAGCAGAAAAACCGCUCACGCGUUCGUUCCGUCAAUUUUGGCACGUGUUUGCAAGAAGUUUGACGUCGCGUCUUGGCGUAUGCAGAUUUUCUUCCGAGGAAAAAAUCAUAGUGGUUCCUGUAUUGAUUGCAUGGUUUUGAUGUAUGGAAAAUUGAGUGAAGACGAGGUUUUAUAUUUAACCCCAGUUGGCAAACGACGUUGGUGAAAGGCCGCAAAGCUGAACGAAUUCAAUUGAAGCAACAGAAGCAGCAGCAAUAUUUUUAGCUGGGUACACAACGCACAUGAGUUAAUACGUCAGAUGACAAAACUAGCAUCAUGGAGAACAAAGCCUACAUAGGAGAAGACGCUGGACAAACCAGAUUGGAAGGAACCAUCACCAACGGAACAAAAACCUCAAAUGGAACAGCCAACUACACCCACAACAGUACCCUGCCAUCCAGUCCCACGGAUCCACCCGUGACAGUUCGCGAAAAAUGGGGUAAAAACAUCGAAUUCCUACUUUCCUGCGUGGCCCUUUCGGUGGGAUUUGGAAACGUUUGGCGGUUUCCCUAUACCGCAUUCAACAAUGGCGGUGGCGCAUUCGUAAUACCCUAUCUGAUAGUGUUGUUCAUCAUCGGUCGGCCAAUUUACUAUCUGGAGAUGGUUCUGGGACAGUUUUCGAAUCGAGGCUGUGUGAAGGUGUUCGAUUUGGCUCCGGCAAUGCGGGGAAUUGGGGUAGGACAAACGAUAGCCAUUUUCACCGUUAUCACCUACUAUGCAGCCGUUCUUGCCAUUACGGUGCGAUAUCUAGUGGCUUCGUUCAGUGCGGAACUUCCCUGGUCCAAAUGUGACCCCAGUUGGACGGAUUGCGUAGAUUCUAGCUUCAUUGGAUCGAUUCCCAUUGGAAAUGGGACCAAGGUUAAGACUUCUGCGGAGUUGUAUUUUAAAAACACUGUUCUUCACAAAGUGGACAACUUAGAUAACGGAAUCGGAACCCCGGACUGGAAACUUGUCAUUUGUUUGAUAGUUGCAUGGCUGUGCAUCACAGCCAUUCUCAUCAGAGGUAUCAAAUCCUCGGGGAAAUUUUCCUACUUCCUGGCCAUCUUCCCCUAUAUAAUCAUCUUCAUUCUGCUGAUUCGAUCGCUCACGUUGCCGGGAGCUUGGACCGGAAUCAAAUACUUCUUCAUGCCCCAGUGGGAUAAACUGCUGACCAUCGAAGUUUGGUACCAGGCCGUUACCCAGUGCUUCUUUUCGCUAACGAUCUGCUUUGGAGGACUCAUCGUGUAUUCAUCCUUCAAUGAUUUUCACAAUAAUAUCUAUCGACAUGCCGUCAUCAUCACCUGGUUGGAUACGUUCACAUCGAUGAUCGCCGGAUGUAUCGUGUUUGGAGUUAUCGGUCAUCUGGCCCAUGUAACGAAUCAGUCGGAUAUCACCGGGGUCGUGAAAAGUGGUCCAGGAUUAACAUUUGAAACCUACCCGGAUGCUUUGGCUAAAUUCGACUGGGUACCGCAGCUUUUUUCGGUGUUAUUUUUCUUCAUGUUGUUUUUAUUGGGAAUUGGAACCUUGAUCGGUAUCGUAACUUCCGUCAUAACGGCUAUCCACGAUCAGAACCCCCACUGGAAACGAUGGAAGGUUGUGUUGGUUGUGGCUGGGUUAGGAUUUUGUAUCGGACUGGUCUACGUAACUCCCGGAGGUUUGUUCAUUCUGGAUUUGAUGGAUUACUACGGAGCAACUUUCGUGACGCUAACGUUAGCGGUUUUUGAGCUACUGACAUUUGCCUGGAUCUACGGAGUUGAUCGGGUUUGCAAGGACAUUGAAUUCAUGCUGGGCAUCAAGACCAGUUUGUUCUGGAGAAUUUGCUGGGGCAUUCUUACACCGUUGGUGGUGACGAUUAUUCUUUUAUUCAGUAUUAUCAAUUACGAGGCUAAAAAGGUUCCCGCUGGUUACAAUGCAAUGGGAUGGAUCCUGUAUACAAUAGCAGUAUUACAACUUCCGGCGUGGGCGAUGUACGCUUGGUUCAAAAACUCCCACACGGAUCCGAGAAAACGACUCAACGCAAUCGUCAGUCCCCUUCCGGAUUGGGGACCAGAAGAUCCGAAUACCCGCUCAAAGUACAAUACCUUCAUGGAGGAACAAGACGCAAUCGCGGCUGCCAGCGCUCCCGAUAGUUUUAGCUUGAAGUAUUACAUGCAAAAAAAGUUAUUCAAUUAGUGAUUAGUAAGACAGCAAACUUAAGCAAACUGAAAAACGAAAGACCAAGUCUUUCCAUUUGAAACUGAGAUUAAGAUAUUUGAUAUUCGAAACUAUAUUUAUAAAUGAGAUCUUGCUUCGACUUCGUCUGAAGGAAGGAAGAGAGGACUGUGCAAGACAAUACGAAAGAAAAUUGUCAUCCAAUGUGACUGCAGGUUGUAAGUUAUGACAGCUGUUACCGGUUUAUUUAUAAAUAAAUACAUGCAUCAUGCA